UAUAAUCAACUAUGGAACCUCGAAAGCGUGGAAGGGGGCGGGGCCCUCGGCGUCUCGUGCAGGGUGGUGAGGUGUGAACUGUUUGCUUCGCGCGACACUGUGCUUGUUGUUGUUGCGCUGAACAGCUGAACGCAUGAUUGGGCUUCCAGUUUGACAAGCACGAGGGGAAGCACUGUUGGCUCGGAGACGUCCAAAUAACGCUGAGAGAGAAAGAGAGAGAGAGAGAGAGAGAGAGAGAGAGAGGCGUAUAAGCAGUGAUACCGUUUGACAAGUGAAGCGAUGCGGACCAGUAAAGAGUAAAUGGUUACAGCAUCGCCCAACAUCUUUGUCAGCACCUUGGGCUGCUGAAACUGAAGAACUGCUGACCUGAUUUGCCCUUGUUGCUUCUUAAUCCAAGCAAACACAUAUAGACUCUUGAACUUCCCUGCCUUCAUGAGUCUGUCUGCCAGCAUCUAAAGGUCUGUGAGGGCCAGUGACAAAUAGGGCUUGAAAAAUGAUUCACAUGUGAGCAGAGCAAGUACCUCAGAAGCAUCUUGAGACAUUCUUUGUCUAGACCCAUUUCCAGGCAUCAGCCCAAAAGACACACAAUGAUGAAUUCCAUGGAAGCCAUUUGUGAAGAGGAGGGGAGACAUUCAGCACACAACCAGCACUCGUGUAUAUGGCGGCUACACACAGACACUCUUUAAUUAUGUCUUUUUCAGUCAAGACAUCAUAUUGUAUGUGGAACAUUAAUUAUGGCAUAAUACAGUUAUCCCCUAAAGUGCAAGUAAAAACUAUUACCUAUCUGAGAAGUACUGAUGCAGUGAUGUUAAUUGGAUUGGUGCUCACAGGAGCAUUCCUAUUGCAUCUGUGAGGCCUCCUCCCCAUAUUCUAUGGAGGCGGAGGAAAGCUGGUCGGCUGAUGGGAAGAGGUCUGGUGGGCAACAGCAGCCAUUGUCAGAGUCUUUGUUAGGGGCACAGCUUCCUCAGUUACAGCAACAAGUUACCUCGCAAUCUAUCCUUGGAUCUCAUGGCCGCCUUCAACACAGGCAGCCAAAACGCUUCGAAAUGCUCCAAAGGCAGAAGCAGCAGAAACAGUCACAGGCAAGUGUGUCAUCUUGGCAGCUUUCAGGCAUACCUGGUCCUUUAAGAGGCAGCUGUUCUGGCCCGGGCGAUCGAUCUCCCCAAAUUCAUAAUGUUCAGCAAACUCAAUCUCUGCCCAAUCAGGAAGAACAGGAAGGCACCCCUUGUAGGAAAGAACGCAAACCCCAAAAACCAGGGAAAUAUGUGUGCACAUACUGUGGCCGUCCUUGUGCAAAGCCCAGUGUCCUUCAAAAACACAUCCGAUCUCACACAGGAGAGAGACCCUAUCCUUGUGUCCCAUGUGGCUUCUCCUUCAAAACCAAAAGCAACCUGUACAAACACCGCAAAUCCCAUGCACAUCGGAUAAAAGCAGGCAUGGCCUCAAGUCGUGAAGAACCCAGUUUUAGCGGGCCUGAGGGUGGAGCCUUGGGAGAUGAGCAAGAAGAGUGUACAGAAGGAGAGAGUACAGGUUCUGAGGAUGAGACUGGGCAACACGUACCAUCUACCUCACAGGGCAGGCCAACUCUGAAGAAAAGUUGUAAGGUGGAAUUGUCAUUUGCAGAGGAGGUUCCCCAAACUGAGGAUUCACAUGCAGUCAAGCAAAGGUUAGCAAUGAGGCUAAGUGAAAGAAAGCGAGCUCCUAGGACAUCUUCAGAUGAAACCCGAUCCUCACUGGGUCCCGGCAGUAAGGGCAGCACAGAAUCUGGCUAUUUUUCCCGUUCUGGAAGUGCAGAGCUCUCCCAAGUGAGCCCACCAAAUCCAAGUGCUAAAACUUAUGCUGAGAUAAUUCUUGGAAAGUAUGGACGACUAGGACAACAGCAAAGGAUUCCACAUCAACAACUGCAAUUAUCUUCAGGCCAACAGGAAAAAUCAAUCCAUUUCACUGUUCCUAAGACACAAGUUAUUGAGCAUAUAACCAAACUAAUUACUAUAAAUGAAGCUGUUGUGGAUACAAGUGAAAUUGAUAGUGUCAAACCAAGACGUUCAUCACUCUCUAGGAGAAGUAGCAUUGAGUCUGUCAAGUUCUCCUCACCCAAAGAACCCUGUGUUUUUGAACCAAAAGGAGAUGUCCCAGGCUCUUGUGGCUCUGCAGAUCAACAUAUUACUAGUAGAUUUGCAAGUGAAUUCCCAGGCUCAUACUCUGCAGAUGCAGUUACAUUGGCUAGUCAGAGCUCCAGCUCCAGUGCUGUUCUGUAUAGAAGUCAAUCAGUGCCAUCCUCUGCUGACACUUCAGAUACAACCUCACGCAGCUUUCGUCUCAGUCAAUCUUUUGAUGAGCAGCAAGCCAUAGCAGCCGAAAUGAGGAUUGACCCCCACCAACGAAUGUUACGACGCCAACCCGCUAUUGAGGUGCCAACUGGAGUGGACCUCAUUACAGAGGAUGCAGGCCCUUCUUCCAGAUUGAAACAGUCAGAUCCUCAAAAGAAGCAAGAAAAGGAAAUACACCUUUAUGAGUGUGAAAUGUGUGGGACUCGCUUGAAGAAGCAGGAAGCUUAUGCAGCACACAGAGUUGCAUGUAUGAUUAAAACUCCACUGGGUCCUCAGGUUGAGGAGGGCAGUUCUUUUAUUGAAACUCAUUCACAAAUGAUGAGCUACAAGUUUAAAGACAUGGCCAUGGCUGUACGCAAGAGGAAAAAAAAAGAGGAAAGUCUUGAGGACGACCCUCCCAGUCCAGGCCCAACAGCCGUCUCCUUCAGCACUCAGAUCCCAUCAAUGCUAGGCAGUACUGAUAAUCAGGGCACACCUGCUCUUUCACAAAGUGAGUCAGAAAAGAGGGGUCCUUGGAAAGAAAUUUCUGUUAUCCAGCAUACCAGAUCCUUUGAAAAACAGGAAAGCAUUUCUAUGGCAAAUCAGGAAACAGAGAAACAAGAGCCAUCACAAGAGCCAAAACCAACCUCCAUAUCUAGGUUAAUCCGUCAACCCAAAAUUCAAGUUCCAGAAAUCCUGGUUACAGAGGAGCCAGAUACUGAGAUGGUGUCACCUCCAGGGAGCACAUGCACCUCCAAAGAGUCAGAGAAGGUGGAGGAAUUCCAAUGGCCUCAGCGCAGCCAGAGUCUGGCCCAGCUUCCUGCAGAGAAGCUACCACCAAAGAAGAAGCGUCUCCGUUUAGCCGAGGCAACCCAGUCAUCAGGAGAAUCUAGCUUUGAGUCAAUAUCCUUGCCACACAGCCCAAGCCAAGAGAGCAAUGUUUCCCAUGCCUCUAGUCGGUCUGCAUCCUUUGAGGAAUCAGGAAGGCCAGACUCUGAGAUGCAGAGUGGUACCUGGAGCUCCCAAGGGUCUCACAUGCUGACUGUUCCAUCAAGUCUCCAUCAACACCAUCAUUCUCACAGGGAGAUGCGCCGUUCCACCUCUGAACAGGCACCUGCAAGUCCUCAACAUCCUGGACAUGUAGAAGAAACAAGAAGUAAAUCUUUUGACUAUGGAUGCCUUUCUCUACAGCGCACCUCUGCUACUUGGAAGGAGAGGAGGAAAUGUCUCUUGGUGAAGCAUGCAACCCUUGGUGAACCCGAUCAGGAGGAACCAUCUUCUACACCACUUACUAAACCUGGCAUCUCAGCUGUGUGCCGUUCCUACACUGAUCAUCCUCCACUUACAAUUACAGAGCAUGGAAUUGGAGGCAGGACCUCUAGGAUUAGCUCUGAGUAUAUAGGGAAGACCUUGCAGCUUUUCCAAUCCCCUCUUUCUCUCCCACCAGCAGUUUUUCCCCUACAGCAAGCAAGUCCUAGUUUUUGCUCCCCAAGUCAGCUCACUAGAUUCUUUCCAGUCACUACUGCAAUAUCUGGGAUCCUUUCAACCCAGAUGUUUCAUCAAGCCUUCAUUCACAGUGAGCCACCACAGCUGCAUCCAAGACCUCUUGAGUAUUUGGAACAAUUAGGACUACCCCUUCAGCCAUUCUCCACUUUAUUUCCUCUGCAAUCAAGGGACGUUACUCAAAAUGUUUGCUUUCCCAUGCCAGGUGGUCUGACUAUUCAGGUCCCCUCAGGGCCUCUUUUCAGGGAGUCUAGGUCAUCACCUUCCUUCUUGCAUAGUCCUGGUCAUUCACAACAGCAGCUUAUCCUUCCCCACAAUCCUCAUCCCAUUAUUGCUCCAUGUCUUGAACAACUUGCCCCAGUGGUUUCUCUUGUAGUGCCUGUGCGCUUACAGACUCACAUUCCUACAUAUGCUAGUGCCAUGUAUACAACCAUCUCACAGAUUUUAGCCACAACACAACAUCCAAUCUGCUGCACAGCUAUGGUAAUCAUGGGUAAGCUGGAAGACAGUCUUCAAAGAUCUUACCUCAGGCUGCCCACCACAAGUCCCAAGAGCUAUAUUUCCAUGUCGCUGCCUCUGGAGCAUGGAGCAGGGACUUCAUCUGAUGACAGCUGUGGGCAGCUUGGUGCUGGUGGAAGUAAGCGAAUACUGUCACCUGCAGGUAGUCUAGAACUCAGUUUAGAGGCCCAACGGCAUCAAAAACGGGUUAAAGAGGAGGAGGAAAAAGAAAAGGAUGACAAGGAAUAUGAAGAUAACAAAUGUAAUGAUAAAUCUCAGGAGGGGGAACAUGGUAAAAAUAAGCUAACAGUGGAGACAGUGGGGAGGGAAAAAGAUGCAGGAGAAGUCAUAGAAUCUGACAUGUUAAGCAAGCAGGACAAAACACAGCACAAAACUGAGCCCUUAAAGCAGGAGGAAAGGAAAGAGGUAGGACACAGGUAUGUUCCAAGGAUAACAAGUCCAGAUAGAACCAUGGACCCCUCAUACCCCAGUUUGCAUACCACUACAUCUGUCAGCUGGUGCUAUCUGAACUACACCAAGCCCAACCCGUCUACACACAGAGAUGCACAAGCCUCUGUCUAUUCCUCGUGGAGUGUUAGCAUGCAUAAUCCCAAUCUACCUGGCUUGUCCACCAAGAUUUUACUGUCUCUAUUGUGUUCCAAGCAGAAACAUAGUGCUGAGACAUACACUAUAGCUACAGCUCCACCACCAAACACUGACAAACUGGUUCCCACAGGGAGCAAGAAGGCCAGCACCUCACAGGUACAUGCCUCCCCACCUAACACACCUGUCAAAGUAAAGGAGGAACCACCAACUGAAAGAGAGGAAAAAGAUAAUACUGCUGAUGACGAGCCUGUUACCUCAGCAGCAAGUGAGGUGACACGUGUUUGCAUUUUUGAGGGCGGGUAUAAGUCAAAUGAGGAGUACGUGUAUGUGCGGGGUAGGGGAAGAGGGAAAUACGUGUGUGGGGAGUGUGGGAUUCGCUGCAAGAAGCCCAGUAUGCUAAAAAAGCACAUUCGCACACAUACAGAUGUCCGUCCCUACGUCUGUAAGCACUGCAAAUUUGCCUUCAAAACCAAAGGGAACCUUACCAAACACACGAAGUCCAAGGCCCACAGUAAGAAAUGCCUGGAGAUGGGUGUGUCCGAGUCAACUGUGGAUGAGCUGGAGACUGAGGAAGCAGGAGGCAGUGAGGAGCGAGUAUGUGAAUCAGAAGACCAGGAGGAGCACCGGUUCUCUGAUCCUGAAGACUCUGAAGAAGAUGAUGAGGAUGAAGAAGAUGACUUCUCCUCCCAUGAUGAACCAUCCUCAGCCUGUUCCACUGACACUAGGCAAUCCACAGGUGACAUAUCUGAAAUUGGGCAUGGCUCACAGAUGGACUCAUGUGAUCAAAGAGCAAAAGAGGAAUACUCCUCACCUUGCAGGAUUUGGCCUGUACAAGCUGUAUCUCCAAGCAGCAAAAGAGCUUCAUUCUCUUACAAGGGCUGGGAUGUUUCGCCUAGGGCCUUUUCUCCAAGCAGUGAGGGCUCACCUCUUAGAAGUUUGUCUCCCAGGCUUGACUUGUCCUCACCUAGUCGUCAUCUCUCUCCCUCUCCAGAGAGGGGCCCAUCACCCAUCAGGGCCCUCUCCCCACUCAGGCCCCUUUCACUCCUGAGGCCUGUUUCCCCUAUCCGGUAUAGGAGCACCAGAGCUCUCUCUUCUUCUACAUCCCUUAAGCCCCAUCGACAACACAGCUCUCCUGCAGGGCUUCACUGGGAGCCUAGCACUCCAGCGACAGAGGCUCUACAGGACAAGCCUGGUACUCAACAAACUCAAAUGCCCCCGGAUCCUUGCCUGGUUUCCCCAACCCUAUGCUUCUCCCCCAGUGAGCCUUUCUCACCCACACCUGUUACACCACGGACAAUGGACCGCAUGUUUAGCCACCUUCCUUUACAUUCCCAGGACCAAGCCCGCAUGCCAUAUCACAUGAUUCCUAUAGGAGGCAUACAAAUGGUGCAGCUCAGAACCAGACCUUGGCCCAAACUGUCAUCCUCUACCCCCUCUCCCAAAGACGACUCCCCUUUCUCCCUAGCCAGGAGUGAUUUCCCAUGGAUAUCGCUCCCUGAGACAAGUCCGCAAAGAUCUCUGGUGUACAGCAAGACACAAAGCCAAGAUGGAGCGACCCAGUCUGACCAGUCUUGUUCUAGUACAAGCUCAACAUUAGCCAAACUACCCCCUCUACAGCAGGAUAUAGGGGAGCAACAGACUGCAAAAGUCAGAAAGCAACAUGGAGGCUCUAGAUCCGCCAUUCAGAGUCACACCUUUGUUCCUGAAACAUUUAGAAAAGAUGCAGCAGAAAGCGAUGAAGGAGCUAAGAGGAUCUCUAUGGUUUCACAGGGAGAAGGAGAAAUAUCCUCACACAAAACUAGACAGCUGCAUGAGACAGAAAAGCCUGUAGUGGCGUCACUCAGGGGACGUGGCUCUUCAGAAGAAGAAAGUUCAGGACAGCAAUCUGGCAGUGCUGCUCAGAGCCAAGAAGGGGGUCCAGACAGCACUUAAAAGCCUCUUCUGCACAAUGGUGCAGUGCUUUCUACUGUUAAUACUACUAUUCUUUUCUUUUCUUUUCUUUUGUAAUGCGCUUAUUUUUUUAUAUUCAAAUUUUCAAUACUAUUGGUAACUUGGUAAAUGUUUGUUCUGCAAUAUUCAAGAUUGUAAUAUGAUGCACUUUUAUCUUGAAAAGAAAAAUAUUUAUGUAAAUCAAUUAUAUCUGUCCCUCCUGUAUCUUUAUUGACAUUGCAAUCUUAAUAUAUCUAUUUGAAUAUGCAUAUAUACAAAAAUACUUGUAAAACGUUAAGUAUGGGUAUGAAUACAUUUCUAAAUGACCAAGGUGAAGACUUAAAUCAUGAGUAAUUCCAAUAUUUUGUCUCGUCCAGUAUUGCACAAAUUAUAUUGAUGUGUGCCUUUUUCUGUCCAGAUUUACUGCUUGAAGUGUCAACAAUGAUGAAAGGCUGUGAAUUCUUUUUAUGAAUAAUUUUUUUUUUGUGUUUCAAAUGAGCUGGUGUUUGCAGAAUCGGGAGGUGUUUCGCGUUCAGAUUUUUUCCGUACGUAAACAAGACAGGCGCUGGUGUUGAAAAAGACGUGAGAAGAAGGCUUGGCAUGGAGCCUUGCAGGGAAAUUGCACUGAAGUCAUAUUUUUUAUAAUAAAAGUUAAAUGAUUAGAUACAUUGUCUCUGUACAGAUAGAAAGUCUAUGGUCCAUAUUUAUUGUCAUGUGAAAAUAUGAAAAUGCCUGUUUUGUUUACUUUGGUUUUCAAAGGGAUUUCUAUUGUCAUUUUUUUAUUCUUUAACUUUUUGUUAAAAGUUACUUUUUUAGUUAUGAUCUCAAGACUUGAAAUAAAGAAACUGGACAGGCUCUCGGUGAAGUCGGUCGAGAAAUUUAUUAUUUCUGAACCAAUAAAGGUACACCACAAAUUUCUAGACUUGCCUAAGAUAAGUAUCCCUGUUUUAUGACCAGCAGAUGGUGCAGUCUGUUAAUAAAUAACCCCCCCACUGUAAAUGUAUAACUAUUUAUAAGUAGUAUUCCAGAGGAAAAGAUAGCAGUGUAGAUUGAAUUAUCUGGGUUUCCACAAGAAUUAAUAUUCCCAUACGUAAAACAUUUUUGAUUUUAAGACAUGGCAGAAAUAAAGUGUCAUAAGUGUCUCUUUUUAGCCCAUUGUCUUUGAGACUCUUCAAAUUCUCCAAAAAGUGAUGUAACACUUUUUGUGAUACAAGCAUUUUAAUUGAUUAAUCCAUGUAGAAUUUCAGAGCUUUGUGUGACCAUGACAGAUGUAUUCAUUGUGGAGCAUGUUGCACAGACCUUGAACUAAUGCUUUAUGAGAAAGGAUUCAGUUACAGAUCGUGCCAUAGACGUAAACUUUCAACAAGUUGCCUUGUCCAAUGUUUAGUAUCAAAGCAAUAUUGACUGAGUUUUAUGCUGCAUGUCUAAUAUAAGAUCAUUAUCGUUAGUCAGUUGCUCCAAUAGUCAAUUAAUACCAAAUGUAUUCACAAUGUGACAGAAGGGUAAAUUGUGAUGUAUGUAACAUGUUUUAUAGUUCUAACUAUAUAACGAAUUUAUAAUUAAGGAAUGACAAUUUAUCAGUAAAGUACAGUAUGCAAAUCAAAAGAAAACCAUCAUCAGAACAUCAGUAAUUAAUAUUAGGAAUGAAUAUGAGUCUUAAGGUCAUAAAUAUUGAUUCUUACCUGUUUAAAAUAAAAAUACAGUGCCAUUAUUUAUAAGAUGAAUGUUUCUAUAGACAAGUGAUCACUUUCUGUUUAUGAGAAUAAGCGUGAAAAUGAACUUGAGAUGUACUUGGAAUUUGUUACUUCUAGCAAUCAAGAAAACUUGAUGGCCAAUCAUAAACGAGGUAGAUUGUUUCCUCCAAUGAGGUGAGGUCAGCUAAACAGGGCUGUUUGUGUAAUAUUGUCAUUCUCUUGCUUUAAGCUAAAUAUUUAGGUAGCAUACUCACUAAUCAAUGGCAAUGCACAGGUUAAAUAGGUCAAGUGAUUGAGAUUAGAGUGCAGUUAAUGCCAUCUUUGUUUUGCCGUAUCACUCUUACUUCUGAUUAAACAUUAACAUUUUUUAGCCCAUUUAGUGACUCAGGGGACAGCAGAUCCUUUUAUUUACAGUCUCUGUUUUUGCAGCAAUCUGGCACGACACUGGAACAUAUAAACUGUAAAACCAUAAAGCUUUACAGGUGUGUUUCAUGGGGUUGUGGGCACUGGGUCCCAGAUUCUGUAGAAUAAAGGUUUGAUAACGAUUGAUAAAAUAAGAGAUGAAGGCACUCCUUCAUAUAAGGAGAGGCAGGAAGAAUCUCAUCAAAAGCCAUUACAAAAGAAUCUAACUCCUUGACAGAGGGAGGUUGAAACUGAAUGUGCACAGGUUGGUUGAAGGGUUGAGAUAAACUGUAAUUAAAGAUAAACAAAAGCAUUAAAGUGCUAAUACUACACCUCCAUCCACAGUGCCAGUCUGGACAGACAAGCACACGGUGUGCUUGUGUGUACCUGCACUUUCAUGCUAAUGUGUUAGAAUCAAUUAUUUGGUAGCAUCAAUGCAAAUGAAGUAAUACUGAACUGGAAGUACAUAAAGUACCUUUUGAACUCUGUUUUGAACUAUUUAAAAAAAUAUAUAUUAUUUUUUAUUUUUUUAAAUUCUGACUUGUAAUAUACAAGACUUUCAGAAAUGUGCUUUAAUC